AUGAGCGCCAAGGUCGAAGAGAAUGCAGUCGUGAUCGACGCGGACGAAGAGCUGGAGGCCAAGAGCUUCUUGGAGCUCGGCGUCGACCCGACGAUCGUCGAGUCCAUCACGGCCCUUGGCUGGACGGCGCCGUCCAAGAUCCAGCAACAGACGCUGCCACCGGCGCUCGCAGGCCACGAUCUCAUCGGCCUCGCCGAGACGGGCUCGGGCAAGACCGGUGCCUUCGUGAUUCCGAUUCUGCAGGAUCUGCUGCAGACGCCGCAGCGCCUCUUUGCGCUUGUGCUAGCGCCGACGCGCGAGCUGGCGUUCCAGAUUUCCGAGCAGUUCGAGGCGCUCGGUGCGUCGAUCGGGCUCAAGUGUGCGUGCGUCGUCGGUGGCAUCGACAUGAUGAACCAGCAGGUCGCGCUCGCCAAGAAGCCGCACAUUGUGAUCGCGACGCCCGGUCGUCUCGUGGACCAUCUUGAAAACACCAAGGGCUUCUCGCUCCGGACCAUGAAGUACUUGGUGCUCGAUGAAGCCGAUCGCAUGCUCUCGAUGGACUUUGAGGAAGAGAUCAACCAAAUCGUGCAGCUCAUGCCGAGCGACCGCCGCACGUACCUCUUCUCGGCGACCAUGACGUCCAAGGUCGCCAAGCUCCAGCGCGCGUCGCUCAAAAACCCCGUCAAGGUCGAGAUCACCCACAAGUUUGCGACGCCCGAUACGCUGGCCCAAAAGUACCUUUUCGUGCCCGCCAAGUACAAGGACUGCUACCUUGCCUAUAAGAUCACGCUCAUGCUCCGGUCGCUCGGGUUUCCUGCGAUCUGCCUCCACGGCCAAAUGAGCCAGCCCAACCGUCUCGGCGCCUUGAACAAGUUCAAGGCCAAGCAGCGCUCGAUCCUCGUGUGCACGGACGUCGCGUCGCGUGGGUUGGACAUUCCCUCGGUCGAUGUCGUCGUCAACUAUGACAUUCCGACCAACGGCAAGGACUACAUCCACCGCGUCGGUCGUACGGCCCGCGCCGGCCGUGCCGGUAUCGCGCUCUCCGUUGUGACCCAGUACGACGUGGAGCUCUACCAGCGCAUCGAACACCUCCUCGGAAAGAAGCUCGACGCGUUCAAGUGCGAAGAGUCGACGGUGCUCGUGCUUCUGGAGCGCGUUGGCGAGGCCCAGCGCGCAGCGACGAUCGAGCUCAAGGAAGAGACAAGCAAGAGCUCCGGGAAGCGGUCGCGCUACGGCAAGAACCACGACGACGAGGGCGAAGGCGAGGGCGAUAGCGGCAAGAAGCCGUACAAGGCCGCCAAGCGCGUCAAGGACUCGAAGGAUGGCGGCGGUCGUAGCAGCGGCGGUCGUGGUGGCGGUCGUGGCGGUGGCCGUGGCGGCGGUCGUGGUGGUGGCCGUGGCGGUGGCCGUGGCGGUGGCCGUGGUCGCAAGUGA